AACUAACCUUUCACCCCCAAUUAAAAAAAAAAACAAGAAGACGACAAAUAACGAGAAAUUACCAAUUUUCCCCAACACUUCAUUAUUUCCUUCAACGAACUUCUCCCUCCUCCUCCUCUCACUUUCACCAUGGAUUCCGUCUCCGGUUACCCCGCCGGAGUAGGUCAGCCUCGUACCGGAGGAAAAAUUGUUCGACCACGACGCACCGCCGCCGUCAGGACGCCGUAUGACCGCCCCGUUCCGAGAUCCCGAGAUCCUCCUCAGCAAAACCCUAGUUGGAUCUCCAGGCUCGUUUACAAACCCGCCAGCGUAAUUGCCUCCGGCGCCGGAAAAUUCAUUUCUUCCGUCGUCUUCUCCGACUCUUCCUCGUCUUCGGAGGAGGACGAGGAUUCAUCUUCAGAUAUUGAUGGUGAUGAGGAUGUUGAGAAGACCAUUACCGAUUUUACUGAAGAGGACCUUCUGACUGCCCAGCAACCAACCAUCCAACGACUCAGUUCUAAGCGUGUAAUUGAGCAGCUUCUCAUGCAAGAAACAUUUGCAAGGGAAGAGGGUGAUAGAUUAAUAGAUAUCAUCAAGGCUAGGGUUGUCGAUCAUCCUAGUGUCCCCUCUGCUGUUGAGGGGAGGCAUAAUGACAAUGGAUUGACAAGUGAUGUGAAUGUUGGUGAAAUGUCCAAUACAACUGUCAUGGAAGCAAGAAAAUGGUUGGAGGAAAAGAAAUCAGGAUCAAGUUCAAAGUAUACAGCAACUGAAGAUGGUGCUGGAUCGCCUGUGGACGUGGCCAAGUCUUACAUGCGAGCUCGUCUGCCAUGGGGAUCUCCAGCAGAGUUUCGAUCACCAUCAUCAGCAGGAAUGCAAGGGACACCCUUUCCUUAUAGCGCUGGAAACUUUUCCUCAUCUAAGCUGAAAAGGAAGUCCGGUUCUAAUCAAUCAUGGAAUAUUCAAGAUGAAAUUCGCAAAGUCAGAGCUAAAGCAACAGAGGAAAUGCUUAAAAGUCCUAGUAGUGUAGCCUCUUUGGAACCUAAAUACAGCCCCUAUGUUUUAGCGACUGAUAUGCUCAAAGGAAAUGCUUCGUCUUUGAAUGCUGAUGGAGCUGUACGGUAUGAACAAAGCAGAGCUCUACCAAAUUCAGCCAUACCUACCUCUGAACACAAUCAGACUACGGAAGCUAAUCUAGCCGUCGGAGAAACAGGAGUUUUACAUACUAGAUCUUGUGGAGUUGGUUUGGACGAGACAUUUAUCUCCACACAAGGAGUCAAGCCGUCUGAAGAUACAAAUACCGCUCCUCAAAGUGGAACCGCUGUAGAUGACUUCAAUGAUCAAGAUGGCGAUUUUAUCCAACCUAGCUCUACUAUCGGAAACACCACAAAUGCUGUCUUGGCUCUUGGGGCAACUUUGGAUCCAACUGGGAACUCUUCUUGCAUCCCUAAAGAUGUGUUUGAAACAUCAAAAGAAGCUGAUGAAAUAGGCGCAUCACGUGCUACUUUUAACGGUUUCCCAUCUUCAUCACCUAGUUCACCAGUGGUGGAAGGUCAACCAAAACCCACACCACCAGAAGAAACCGAGGCUUCUCAGCCUGUAGCUGAAAUUCAUGGUGAUGAUAUGACAGUAGGGAAUGGCUCAGAUGGUGCAAUUAAUAACGAAAACAAUGACAGCCACUCAAGUGGCUCGCAUAACAGUUCAAGCACUCAUGAAGAAGAGUGGCUCCCAGGAGACCAGUCUCUACCGAACUCAAACUCAGCAAGUAGCAGCCCGGGAACUACGAAGGUCUUGGCAUACAGCAGAAGAGGAAGAGGGCGGGGGAGAGGAAGAGGCCGAGGAGGUCGAGGCAAAGGACGGGCCAAAUAAACUCUGUAAGAUGAGCUGUACACAACAAACACAAUGCAGUAGGAGAGUAUUAUGAGGUAGGAUUAUGUGACAUCUCUUUUAGAUUGAAUCCCACAUCUGUUUGUGUUUGGUCUUUGUCACUUGGUAAUCUUUGUAGGUUUUCUUGUAGUAUUUGAGUUAGGAGGAUAUGUCUUGUCGAGUUAUGUGGAAUUGUGUCUCUGUUUUUUCUUUCAUUUGUCUGAAUCUCUAAUGUUUAAUGUUGUAAGUUUGAAGCUUGGUUUUGUUCCAGCUGACGAAGCUUUGUAGUUUGCAAAUUCCAUAUUGAAACUCUUUUUCUUUUGUUCAA